UCCUCCAGUUCCGCUUCGCCAGAGUGCUGUAAACCCGGUCUCACGUGUAUGCCGGCAACUUUCGGACCCCCCGGACCCCGCGGGCCGGACGUCGCCGACUGGACCUCGGUUCGAUUCGGAGGACGGCCGUGGAGCCGGAGCGCGUGGGGUCAGGGCGGAGGUCCAGCGGAGCUCCCAUGGACGGCUGACCGGUGUCCUCCCGACCUGGGUCGGUCUUUGACCCGUGUCGCCGCAGGGUGGCCCAUGUCUCUUGUUUGUGAUCAUGGAUUCUUGAAAAUGUCGGUUGUGGGGCUCAAGCGAUAGUUCAACAGGACACUGCCGAUUUUACUGGAGCCACUGGUAUGGAGAAAGUGAAUAAGUCAUUUGGCUGGGAACCAGUGUCAUUCAGGGAUGUGGCUAUACAGUUUACUCGGGUGGAGUGGGAAUGCCUGGACCCAUCCCAGCGGACUUUGUACAGGAAUGUCAUGUUGGAGAACUAUGGACACCUCGUUUCCUUGGAAUAUGGUAAAACCUUUCAUGUGUAUUCACAUCUUAGUGUACAUCAGAAAAUGUAUUCUGGUGAGAAACCUUACAAAUGUGAGGAAUGUGGCAAGGCCUUUAAUUGGAAUUCACAUUUUACUGUCCAUCAGAGAAUUCAUUCGGGUGAGAAACCUUUCAAAUGUGAGGAAUGUGGCAAAGCCUUUAAUAAUACUUCAUCUCUUACUGUACAUCGAAGAAUUCAUUCUGGUGAGAGAUCAUAUGAAUGUAAAGAAUGUGGCAGGGCCUUUAAUUCAAAGUCACAUCUUACUGCCCAUCAGAGACUUCAUUCUGGUGAAAAACCUUACAAAUGUGAAGAAUGUAGCAAAGCCUUCUAUAGGCAUUUUCACCUCACUGUCCAUAAGAGAAUUCAUUCUGGCGAGAGACCUUACAAAUGUGAAGAAUGUGGCAAAGGGUUUUAUGUGAAUUCCUCUCUGACUCAGCAUCAGAAAAUUCACUCUGGCGAGAAACCUUACAAAUGUGAAGAAUGUGGCAAGGCCUUUAAUCGGAAUUCAUAUCUGACUGUCCAUCAGAGGAUUCAUUCUGGUGAGAGACCUUACAAAUGUGAAGAAUGUGGCAAGGGGUUUUAUGCGAAUUCAAACCUUACUGUCCAUCAGAGGAUUCAUUCUGGCAAGAAGCCAUACAAAUGUGAAGAGUGCGGCAAGAUAUUUAUUCAGUAUUCACAGCUUACCAAACAUCAGAAAAUUCAUGAUGGUAAGUGACUUUACAACUCUGAAGGAUGCGGCAAGUCUUUUUGGUUUUUUUGUUUUGUUUUGUUUUGUUUUUUUGUUUUUUGGGGUCACACCCAGCGAUGCACAGGGGUUA